AUGAGAUAUCAGCUGAAUCAGCCACUCUCAAUUGCUGAUAAAGAGGAUUGUCAGGUCUCAAUUGCUGGAAAUCUGGAGCAGAGACCUCAAACCAAAUGUGCUGAAAGGAUGAAAGAAAAUGAGCAUCGAUUCUAUGGAAAAUCAAUUCCACUAGGAUCAAUGGAAGAAGCCAUGAGAAACGAUAGCAUUCGAGGUUGUUUUAACUCUGCUCAAGUUCUUGCUGAUUAUGCAGAGUUGCUGAUAUACCUCAAAGAAAAAUUAUCUGCGGAAAAUUGUCCAAUUAUUGUCAUUGGAGCAUCAUAUGGGGGAAGGGUUCGGUCUUUUAUUCUCAGGCCCUCAAACAAAUCUUACGAGCUCAAGGACAACUUGGAUUUAACAUACACUGAAGCAGCUCAAUACAAUGCACCACCAACAUCUCCAGUUACUGUGGUCUGUGGCGGCAUUGAUGAAGAAUCUGAAGGAAGUGAUAUUCUGAGCCGGAUAUUUGCUGGUGUUGUAGCAGUUGAAGGCAAACAGGAUUGCUGCGACAUAAUGGAAUACGAUUCUCCUAUCCAGACUGAUGGGUGGCGAUGGCAGACAUGUACGGAGAUGGUAAUACCCAUUGGACGUGGUGGCAACAACAGUAUGUUCCCACCAGAACCCUUCAAUCUAAAGCGCUUCAUCAGAAAUUGCAAGAGAAUGUAUGGCGUCCAACCUCGGCCUCGUUGGGUCACAUCCUACUAUGGGGGCCAUGACAUAAAAUUGAUCCUCCAUAGGUUUGCUAGCAACAUCAUUUUCUCCAAUGGACUGAGGGAUCCUUACAGUAGUGACGGGGUGCUAAAGCAUAUAUCAGACACUAUUAUCGCCAUUAAUACAGUAAAUGGAUCCCAUUGCUUGGAUAUAAAACAACUGGAACAAAGUGAUCCAGAGUGGUUAGUAAUGCAAAGAAGGUUAGAAGCCGAGGUCAUUGAAGGAUGGAUCACAAAGUACUAUGCUGACCUUCUUGCUUUCAGAAAAUUGAAGGAUGUCUAG